GUCAUUUAAUGUGUUCUUUUUCUGUUUGUAUAAUAAUAGAAUAUGGUUAUAAAAGAUAUAAACAAAACAUUCAUUUUUGAAGACCAUCUAAAGUUCAUACGGCUUAGCGAUAUAAAACAACUUGCAACUGACAGCUGUUAGUGUUGGAUGAGCUUGAAUAUAUUAAUUUGUAAUCUACCAUAGUGACAACUUUUAUUGUGGUCAUUCAUGAAAGCAAGAUCUAAAAAUAUUAUACUCAACAAAAUCCUAGCAUUUAGUAUGACAAUCAAAUAUGGGUUUGGAUUUUGAUGUCAUUGAAUUUUGUAAAAAACUUCGUUUAGAAAGGCCUCCUCCUUAUAAAUGCCCUGUAGAAAAUUGUGACAAAAGUUACAAAUCAAUAUGUGGAAUGCAAUAUCAUCUUGUAAAUUAUGAUCACGAUAAACCAGCACCUCAAACUCCAGUCAUGACGCUGAAAAAAAAGGGUCGUACUAGUAGACCUGCAACUAAAACAUCGGAUUUAACAAAAAGUCCUCCAAAAGAAGUUUUGUCUUACGCUGAAUCUCAAAGAUAUGUACAAUUUGAAAUAGAUGGUAAUAUAGCAAAAAUUGCUUUGGAUGAUCCGAUUAUUAGCAUUGAAAAGGAUUCUGAUUUAUUGAAAGGUAAAUGCAAUGUAGUUGAAAAUCCAGAACCAGUUUUCUCUCUUCCUGAACCCACAUAUCGUCUUGUAACUGAUUAUAAUAUCUGUGAUGCUCCUCCGAGACCAAAUGCUUACAUUAGAUUCAUAGAAAAGUCAACUGAAGAACUUGAUGGUGAGGUGGAGUAUGAUGUAGAUGAGGAGGAUACAGCUUGGCUCUCUUUGAUAAAUGAAAAACGAGCAGCAAAAGGACAAAAUUCUGUGUCUGUAGAUGCUUUGGAACUUCUUAUGGACCGUUUAGAAAAAGAAUCUUAUUUCCAGGCGGCUGCCACAGGUCAAAACACUAUACCUGUUGAUGAUGAUGCAGUUUGUUGUAUAUGUAUGGAUGGUGAAUGCCAGAAUACAAAUGUAAUAUUAUUUUGUGACAUGUGUAAUUUAGCUGUUCAUCAAGAUUGCUAUGGGGUGCCGUAUAUUCCAGAAGGACAGUGGUUGUGCAGAAGAUGCUUGCAGUCGCCGAGUAGACCUGUCAACUGUGUAUUAUGUCCCAACACCGGGGGGGCAUUCAAGCAAACAGAUCGGGGUCAUUGGGCGCAUGUAGUUUGUGCUCUUUGGAUACCAGAAGUUCGAUUUGCAAAUACAGUAUUUCUUGAACCUAUAGAUUCGAUUGAGAGUAUUCCAGCAGCUCGGUGGAAGUUGAGCUGUUAUGUGUGUAAGCAACGUGGUGUUGGAGCCUGUAUUCAAUGUAAUAGAAACAAUUGCUACGCAGCAUUUCAUGUCACCUGUGCUCAACAUGCAGGUCUUUAUAUGCGAAUGGAUCAGGUCAACCGGGAAGGCGAUAGUAUGCCAGUGCUAGUACAAAAAACUGCAUUUUGUGAUGCACAUGCUCCUCCGGGUGCUGUUAAUGAGGUUGUUGAUAGAAGUCAAAAGUCUCGAGAAGAAUCUCGUAACAAAAUGAAACAGGCAAGGCGGCUACUGGCUAAGAAAAGAACUACUGUUCCAGUGAUUUUAAUUCCUACUAUACCUCCGGAAAGAGUACAAGAAAUUGCAAGUCUGGUAACUAUUCAAAAGAAACCACAAUUUAUUCAAAGGCUUAUAGCAUACUGGACACUUAAGAGACACCACAGAAAUGGAGUACCUUUACUAAGGAGGCUACAAAGUCAAGGCAGUGGAAAUAUGAGAAAUAUGGGUGAUGAAGCUCCUGAUACUGCAGAAUUAUGUCGUCAACUGAAGUAUUGGCAAUGCCUCAGACAAGACUUAGAAAGAGCUAGGCUGCUGUGUGAAUUAGUGAGAAAAAGGGAGAAAUUAAAGUCAGCAUUAACAAGAGUUAAAGAAAGAUCUUUGCUUAUUGAGAUUGAUCCAUUGAAUGCAUCAAUGGGAAUUUUACUUCAACAAUUAGAAGCCAAGGACACGAGCAGUAUUUUCUGUGAACCAGUUGAUCCUACAGAAGUUCCAGACUACUCAACUGUUGUCACAUGCCCAAUGGAUUUAAGUACUAUGAGGAUGAAAUUGGAAAAUGGACAAUACCAAAAUUUGGAUGAUUUAGAAGCCGAUUUUAAUUUAAUGAUUGCAAACUGUUUUGCAUACAAUAAUAAAGAUACUGUUUUUUACAAAGCUGGAGUAAAAAUGCGGGAUCAAUGUAUUCCAAUACUUAAAAAUGCAAGGAAAGAAUUAGCAGAUUUAGGCUUGCUAAGUGCUUCCAAUUCUACUCCUAACAUAGAGGAGACAGGCGCUAAAGAAAUUGAUGCAGAAUUUCAAAAAAUUGUGAAUUCUUCAAAAAAUGAUAAAAUAUCUGAAUUGAAGAAUUUAUUGGAAAAGGCAGGACAGUUGCGACAUGGACUAGCACGUGCCAAACGUGUUAAGAGCAUUCGAGCAGAAUUAAAGAUUUUAAAGAAAAAUGCUGUUACAGAUAGUUCUCAAUCAGAUGGGGAUGAAGCAGUUUUAGCCAAGAGUAAAACAUCUCCAGUCAAGGAUACUAGAAAUUCUCCAACAGGCGGAGUAAAUCGCAGAACUGCUGUAUUAUUUACAAAAAAAGCACAGGCUGCACUUCGAAAACCAAUUGAAAUGGAUUCAAUGUUAGCAAUAGAAGAUAAUAUAAAUAAAGGAAAGGAAGAUGUUCAAUUUCAAAACCAAACUCAAAAGCAGUCCAAUUUAUCAAUGGAUACAUCAGCACCCGAAGUAUCAUCUGGUCGUAAAAAUAAGAAAACACGUAGCAGGAAAGAUUUGUCAAAAAGUGCAAAUAGUACCUUGGAAUCUUCAACCAAUAGCAAUGCUGUAUCACAAAGCUUUCUUGUGUAUCGUGCUAGAAAAGAAGCUGAAGUAUCUGAUAGUGAAUCACAGGAGUCCUUAUCAGAAAGUACCUGCAGUAGCUGCAGUCAUGAGAGUGAUGAUUCCUGUGGUAAUUGUUCUCAUAGUUCAGAGUGGUUUAGUAGCAAUGAUGAAGGUGUCGAGAAUGAGCCAAUUGCAGGUUCGAGUAAGCCUUCUCUGAAGCCAUUGCAAUUAGUUUGGGCUAAAUGUCGAGGUUAUCCUUGGUACCCAGCAUUAAUUAUGGAUCCGGAGACUCCUCGCGGCUUCGUUCACAAGGGUGUUCCGUUACCAUACCCGCCAUCUGAUGUCCUAACAUUACGCGCUAAAAAAAUUCCUGCAGAUGGAGAAUCAGUAUUUCUCGUUUUAUUUUUUGAUGCAAAGCGUACAUGGCAGUGGCUGCCUGCUAGCAAAUUGGAACUUCUAGGAAUCAGCAAAUCACUAGAUCAACAGAAAUUGACAGAAAGUCGAAAACCUGCCGAUAAGAAAGCUGUAAAGAAAGCUUACAAUGAUGCACAAUUAUAUUUAAGUCAAGUUACAGAUGCUCAAGGACCAGACGCAAUUAUGUAAUUGGAUUUUUUAUUUAAUGUUUAUUGUAUAUUUAAUUAUUAUCUGUUUUUAUAUUAUUGACCCAGUACAAAUAAAUAUUAAAUUAC